AUGGUGACGCUUCUUCGACAGGGGUUGAUGAGGAUCGGUGGCUCCGUGCUCCAGCGAACCCAUCACUCGGCGGUCACGUCACCGGCGGUUGCUGCCGCGCCAAGCCGCAAGCUCAGUAGUAUUAUCGAGAAGCGUGCUCGUCAGAGGCAUAACGAGCAACUUCUGGAGGAAUUCAAGCUCCUAAAGCCGCAUCAGGUUUGCUGGGAGUUGAUAAAGCUUUUUCCCGCAAGAAAAGUAUUUAACCUUGUGGCAAUUGCAGCUGCAACUGUUACGUUAGCCUGUGCAGGAAGAUCAGUGAAGGAGGCUGAGAAGAAGCGCCAUCAAAUGAGAGAAGAAGCAGAACAAGUGAAGGGGGCAGAGAAGAAGCGAGAGCAGUGA